CUUCACCCUACCGCCGUCCCAUUCAAAUAAGCGUACAAACCCUAACCCUAACAAUCAUAAGAAACUAAUCACAGCCGUUAACUCUCAACUAAAACCAUAUAUAAACAAAACCCUUGAUCAGUAACAUUUCGGCUUCUCAUCGUAUUGGCAAACUGCGCCUUUGUUCUCCGCCGAGUCUUGCAGUUGAAUUACCGAGAUUUGAAGUAUGUCUCAUCGAAAGUUUGAGCAUCCUAGGCAUGGCUCUUUGGGAUUUCUCCCAAGAAAGAGGGCUGCACGCCAAAGAGGAAAAGUGAAGGCAUUUCCAAAAGAUGAUUCAAGAAAGCCAUGCCGAUUAACUGCUUUUCUGGGCUACAAAGCAGGGAUGACUCACAUUGUCAGAGAUGUUGAGAAGCCAGGGUCAAAGCUCCACAAGAAAGAAACAUGUGAGGCUGUUACGAUCAUUGAGACACCACCAUUGGUGGUGGUUGGUGUUGUUGGUUAUGUUAAAACACCUCGUGGUCUCCGUUCACUGAACACAGUCUGGGCCCAGCAUUUGAGUGAGGAGCUGAAGAGGAGGUUUUAUAAGAACUGGUGCAAGUCUAAGAAGAAGGCAUUCAACAAGUACUCCAAGAGGUUUGAAUCUGAGGAAGGAAAGAAAGAUAUUCAAACUCAAUUGGAGAAGAUGAAGAAGUAUUGCACUGUUAUUCGUGUCUUGGCUCAUACACAGAUUAAGAAGAUGAAAGGACUGAAGCAGAAGAAAGCUCAUCUGAUGGAGAUUCAGGUGAAUGGUGGGGAUGUUGCCCAGAAGGUGGACUUUGCCUACAGCUUCUUUGAGAAGCAGGUUCCAAUUGAUGCUGUUUUCCAAAAGGAUGAGAUGAUCGAUAUAAUUGGUGUGACCAAGGGGAAGGGAUAUGAAGGUGUUGUUACUCGUUGGGGUGUGACCCGACUUCCUCGCAAGACCCACCGUGGUCUUCGCAAGGUGGCAUGUAUUGGUGCAUGGCAUCCAGCUAGGGUUUCAUUUACUGUUGCAAGAGCUGGGCAGAAUGGUUAUCAUCACCGCACUGAGAUGAACAAGAAAAUCUAUAAGCUAGGGAAGGCUAGCCAAGAGUCUCAUUCUGCAAGUACGGAAUAUGACAGGACCGAAAAGGACAUCACCCCGAUCGGAGGGUUCCCCCACUAUGGUGUUGUAAAGGAAGACUUUUUGAUGAUCAAGGGGUGCUGUGUUGGUCCAAAGAAGCGUGUCGUGACACUGAGGCAAUCUUUGUUGAAACAGACAUCAAGGGUGGCUAUGGAGGAGAUUAAGCUCAAAUUUAUAGAUACUUCCUCCAAGUUUGGCCAUGGUCGAUUCCAGACUACACAGGAGAAGGCCAAGUUCUAUGGGCGCUUGAAGGCUUGAUUGUUUUGCAAGAGAAUAAUGUUUUUAUUUCCUUGGAUUUUAGGAUUCUCUGUUUAUUUAUGCAGUUUAGCUUUUAAUAAUGACCUGAACUUUUUUUUUUUUUUUUUAAGAAUCUCCAACUUGUUUGGUUCGUACAAUAAUUUUCAUUCUUGUUCAAAUUACUUUUCAUUCUUUUUUUGAAACAAUUCGUUCUAUUUUAUUUA